AUGAUAAAGGGAAGAGAUGAGUUGCUGCAGGAGUUGAGAGACAAUCUGGCUGUUGCACAAGCUAGGAUGCAGGCGUCAGCCAAUAAGAAGCGUAGAUAUGUGGAGUUUGAGGUGGGUACGUGGGUGUAUCUUAAGCUGCGUCCCUACAGGCAAAGCUCAGUGGCAUAUCGAAGAGCGGAGAAGUUAGCGCCCCGAUACUUUGGUCCUUACAAGGUGGAGAAGAGGACUGGGAAAGUGGCCUAUAAGCUUCUGUUACCUUCUCACAGCCUCAUCCACCCGGUUUUCCAUGUUUCACAACUGAAGCUGGCAGUGGAACCCAAUACACCAGUACAGGAGCUUCCCUUGAUCUUGUCAUCAUCGUUUGAUUGGAAUGCUGAACCAGAAGAGUUGAUCAGUAUAAGGAAAGCUGCGAAAGGAGGACAGAUUGAGGUAUUGGUUAAGUGGUCGGGGUUACCUGAAUUCGAAAACUCGUGGGAGCCUCUACAGCGCUUGAAGGACCAGUUUCCGCAUAGUCAGCUUGAGGACAAGCUGGGUCUUCUACGGGAGGGUAAUGAUAAGCUGGCAGUGCCCCUGGCAUUUGUGCAGAAGAGAAUGAGAUCGAAGAGAGGAGUGAAGAGUGGCUAA